GUUGUUGUCAGAAACUUGAAAAGUCAACCUCUAUAUUCCAAAUAUUUUCUUGAUUUGUAGCAAGAAUUACCUUUAUAAUCUCUCUUAAUGGACAAUGUUUUCUGUAAGAUUUGUAGUUUGGUGACGAAUCUGUACAUUCUACCGUGAUCAUCUGCUAAAUUAGCUAAAUACGGCUGUGAUUUACAACAGCAUCACACAUAACACCGAUACGUUGACCUACACAGUUGCCCAACAACAUUUGCAUCUGCAAUGGAUGUAUUUCAAACAACUACCAGCAAAAAGAACAAUAUCAUCAUUCCUGAAGAGAUUUCGAUCAAAGUGGAACCGGAAUUGGUGUUACUCGAUGACGAUGAUGAGGAUGACUACAAUGACGAUGGUACAGUGUACGAUGAAGGUAUGUCAAUAUGUCAAACCGAAUACGAAGAGUACGACCAGUACGAUGGACCAGAAGUUGUCGGCAACACUGACGCAUACAUGUCCUACGAUGAGAUUCAGUUGCAAAAUGAAUUGGAAACGUCUCAGACCACCCCUGUCGACGACGAUGUGAUACUGAUAGAAAGUGAUAGUGACGGGAAUGAGGGCAAUUCAUCGGACAUGAAAGUAUCGUACGAAUGCAAACUAUGUCUUAAAACAGUGGCCACUAGCUACAAUUUGAAACGCCAUAUGAUGAUACACUCCGGUGAACGGCCCUAUUGUUGUGACAUAUGCGACAAGCGAUUCAGAGAGUUCAGCGAUCUGAAGAAACACCGCAAAAUUCAUGUUCACAACGAAAAUUUCAAAUGCAUGAUUUGCUACAGCGAAACGCCGAUGCCCGAUGAUCCGACAAAAUGUUCAAAAUGCUGUAAAAAGGAAGUUCAAUACCAGGCCGAAAAUAUAAUCAUUCGCGAUGCUAGCAUUCCCCGACUGGAAGGCAACAAAAGGGCGUACAUUUGCUCGGUAUGUGAUCGAAUAUUCGGCAGCAGUCACAACUUAAAGAGACAUCACAUGAUUCAUACGGGUGAAAAACCAUACAAAUGUGAUUGGGUCGGAUGUCCAAAAUAUUUCCGAGAAUUAAGUACACUCCGAAAGCAUCGAGGAACGCAUUCGAAGGCGCUAGAAUACAUUGCGUAUGUGAAGCAACCGUUAUUUGAAUGCAAUGUGUGCAACAUGAAAUUCAUGAGCCACGAAAGUUUAAGCGAACAUAUUGAAGGUAGUCAACACUAUUCGAGUGUAGAUAGUGAUCUAACAUCGACGUCAUUACGUUGUCCGACAUGUAGCAAAACAUUUCGAAGUCCUCAGCAUCUACACAGUCACAUACUUACGCAUUAGUAUUUAGGGAUGAUCCUAGGAACCUAUAGAGACACCCAGAUGAACACUUGAACUACCUUU